UGUAAAGUGGCCGGACCUUACCUGUUCCUCGCUCCUGCACUGCAGUCUUCCCGCGGCGGCUUCUGUACUAUGUCCGCAGUCUCUGGUCAUUCCCUGUACUGUGCCCGCAGUCUCUGGGUCAUUCCCUGUACUGUGUCCGCAGUCUCUGGUCAUUCACUGUACUGUGUCUGCAGUCUCUGGUCAUCUCCUGUAUUGUGUCCGCAGUCUCUGGUUAUCCCCUGUACUGUGUCCGCAGUCUCUGGUCAUCUCCUGUACUGUGCCCGCAGUCUCUGGUCAUUCCCUGUACUGUGUCCGCAGUCUCUGGUCAUCUCCUGUACUGUGUCCGCAGUCUCUGGUCAUCUCCUGUACUGUGUCCACAGGCUCUGGUCAUCUCCUGUACUGUGACCGCAGUCUCUGGUCAUCUCCUGUACUGUGUCCACAGUCUCUGGUCAUCUCCUGUACUGUGUCCGCAGACUCUGGUCAUCUCCUGUACUGUGUCCGCAGUCUCUGGUCAUCCCCUGUACUGAGUCCACAGGCUCUGGUCCUCUCCUGUACUGUGUCCGCAGUCUGUGGUUAUCUCCUG